UGCGGCGGCCCGGAGGGCGAGGCGACCGCGGCAGGGCCAGCGCGCCGGGCAGAUGGGGCUGGCCAUGGAGCGCGGGGGACCGUAUGCGCGGGCGGGGGGCGGCCCGAGGGGCUGCUGGUACUACCUUCGCUACUUCUUUCUCUUCGUCUCGCUCAUCCAGUCCCUCAUCAUCCUGGGCCUCGUCCUCUUCAUGGUCUAUGGCAACGUGCACGUGGGCACCGAGUCCAACCUGCAGGCCACCGAGCGCCGGGCCGGGAGCCUGUACAGCCAGGUGCUGGGGCUGACCGCCACCCAGGCCAACCUGUCGAAGGAGCUCAACAUCACCGCCGGCGCCAGGGACACCCUCAUGCAGAGGCUGAUGACGAGCCGCCGUGACCUGGACCGAAUCAACGCCAGCUUCCGCCAGUGCCAGGCCGAGCUGAUGAUCUACGUGACCAACCAGCGGUACAUGGCUGCCAUCAUCUUGAGCGAGAAGCAGUGCGGAGAACAACUCAAGGAAACUAACAAGAGCUGUGACGCCUUGGCUCUCACGCUGAACCAGAAGAUCAAGACGCUGGAGGUGGAGCUGGCAAAGGAGAAGGUGGUAUGCACCAAGGAGAAGGAGGAGUUAGUGCGGAGCAAGCAAGCUGUGGAGGAGCAGCUGGCCGAGUGCGGCAAGGCCCGGGAGCAGCAGCAGCAGGAGCGACAGCUGGCCGAGGAGCAGCUGCUGAUGGUGCAGGCCCACUGCCUCCCGCUGGACAAGGACAAGCUGGAGACGGAACUGCGCACCCUCUGGAAAGACUCCAUCAUCCCGCGCACCCUCGACAUGGGCUACAGCCUGUACCAUCCCAUCAGCCCGGAACUGGCGUCCAUCCGGAGGACCUGCGACCACUUGCCCACCAUCAUGAGCACCAAGGCGGAGGAGCUGGCCCGGAGCCUGCGGGCUGGCAUCAACAGCGUGGCCCGCGAGAACUCGGACCUCAAGCGCCAGAAGCUGGAGGCUGAGCGGGGCCUGCGGGCCAGUCAGGAGGCCAAGGGGAAGGCAGAGAAGGAGGCUCAGGCCCGGGAGGCCAAGCUCCAGGCCGAAUGCACCCGGCAGACCCAGCUGGUGCUGGAGGAGAAGGCGGCGCUGCGGAAGGAGCGAGACAACCUGGCCAAGUUGCUGGAGGAGAAGAAACGGGAGGCGGAGCAGCUGAAGAUGCAGCUGGCCGUCAGCAGCUCAGCCUUGGACACCUGCAUCAAGGCCAAGUCGCAGCCGAUGCCUGCGCCGAGACCUGUGGGUCCUGCUCCCAACCCCCAGCCCAUCGACCCAGCUGUCCUGGAGGAGUUCAAGAGGAGGAUCCUGGAGUCCCAGCGGCCCUCUCUGGGCAGCGCUGCAACCAGUGGCUGAGGAGGCUGCAGGCCUCCAGGAUGGGGGAGGCCCCGGCUCGCCCGGCUGCAGAGCCGGCGUCCUCUGUCUGCACCCCCGCUCGGCCGCCGCCCGCUACUCUCACAGCCGCACACGAGGCCUCCCCCGCACGCGCCGGCCAACGUCGCAGACAGAGGCGGGGACGUCACGCACGCAGCACCCCCCACCGCCCCCACCGCCCCUCCACCACAGCCUCCGGCCCCUGCACCGCCCCGCGCCCUCCUGGCCCUGCCCGGGAGGGCUGUCCCAGGGUCCUCCCAGCCCCGCCUGUGGCCAGUGUAAUCGUUAGGCGCUCAAUAAAUGCUAUGGGAUCCGUUCGAGGA